CAAGCAUCGAAAGCAACACGCCUAUCUUCUCUUACAUUCACGUCUAUUUACCCUUUAUAUCCGUAUCCAUCCCUAAAUUCUCGUAAACAUGUCCUCCGGUGUUCAACCUACCCAAGAAUGUCUCGAAAAGUUCCAGGAGCUUAAGACUGGUAAAAAGCUCACCUAUGUCAUCUAUGGUCUCUCUGAGGACAAGCGAUCCAUCGUCGUUCUCAAGGCCUCUGAGGACAAGGACUUUGACAGCUUUGUGGCUGAGCUCCCCGAGAAGGACUGCAGGUGGGCGGUGUACGACUUUGAGUUCACUUUGCCCGGUGGUGAAGGUGUGAGGAACAAGCUGUGUUUCAUUGUUUGGUCCCCCGAUGAUGCCUCUGUCAAGAACAAGAUGAUCUUCGCUUCUUCCAAGGAAGCCAUCCGUCGUCGUCUUGAUGGUAUCCACACCGAGAUUCAGGCUACUGACUUCUCCGAAAUCACCAAGGAUGCCCUCUUUGAAAAGGCCACCCGAAAGUAAACGUCUGCCUCUUUUCCUCCUAUCUAUGUCUUUCUCUAGUUUGUUCAUUGUUGCUACUAGAGGAUGAACACCGAUCAACUUGUGGGAUCAGCAUUGAAUGAGCAGGAACCAGGAUCCCUUUGAGCAAUGCGCCGAGAUCCAUGCGAUCGAUGAAGAAUAUAGAUUUUUACGCGG